ACUAUAUUUCAACAAUGUUUUGCAGUAGUGAUGAAAUAUGCAUGUUUCCCCUGCCAAGUACCCCAGUCAACCCACUAAUGCCAUGAUCCUAUCUUCUAUUUUUGUUAUAGUACAUACUAUGUAUAUUUCACAUCGUUGAACCUUUUUUCAAAAUGAAAACAAAACAAGCCUUACAAUCGAUGUAUUAGAAACGAACAAGUUUAACAUCAUGAUCAGAAAAGGAAUAGGCAUAACCCCCACGGUUCCCAACCUCAACACCCUCAAACAAAUCCACGCUUUGAUAAUCAUUAACGGUUUCGACACUACCUCCAACGUUGCCUUCCUCAGAAACCUCGUACAAACAAUAUCCACCUCACUUGUAGGUCCCAUUGCUACUCCAACCGUCAGAAACUAUGCACACCAACUGUUUGCCAAAAUUCCCGAACCAGAUACAUUCAUGUGGAACGCCAUGAUUCGUGGUUCCUCUCAGAGCCCUGAUCCUCUACGAGCUAUCUCAUUGUAUUCUCAAAUGCACCGUUGUUUUGUUAAGCCUGAUAACUACACUUUCCCUUUUGUUUUCAAAGCGUGUACUAAGCUUUUCUGGGUGAAUACUGGUUCAGCUGUUCAUGGCAGGGUUUGGAGAUUUGGGUUUGGUUCAAAUGCUUUUGUGAGGAAUGCCCUUUUGGUUUUUCAUGCUAAAUGUGGUGACUUGAAGGUGGCAACUUCACUUUUUGAUGAUUCUUGUAAGGGUGAUGUGGUUGCUUGGUCUUCGCUUAUUGCUGGUUAUGCAAAACGUGGAGAUUUGAAGUAUGCGCGAAAACUGUUUGAUGAUAUGCCUGAAAGAGACUUGGUGUCGUGGAAUGUGAUGAUUACUGGGUAUGCUAAGCAAGGGGAGAUGGAGAAUGCGAGGUUGCUUUUUGACGAGGCUCCGUUUAGAGAUGUUGUUAGUUGGAACGCGGUGAUCGCAGGUUAUGUGGUUUGUAAGUUGAACCAACAGGCAUUGGAGUUGUUUGAUGAGAUGAGUAUAGUCGGGGUUUGUCCGGAUGAGGUGACUUUGUUGAGUUUGUUGUCUGCUUGUGCUGAUUUGGGGGAUUUGGAAAUUGGUAAGAAAGUACAUGAUAAGGUUAUGGAGAUUAGUAAGGGAAAGUUGAGCACGUUGUUAGGGAAUGCAGUUGUUGAUAUGUAUGCUAAAUGUGGAAACAUUGAAGAAGCGCUUUGCGUGUUUCGGUCUAUAAGAGAUAAAGAUGUGAUCUCGUGGAACUCGGUCAUUGUUGGUUUGGCUUUUCAUGGACAUGCCGAGGAAUCACUUGGCUUGUUCAAGGAGAUGCUGAGGACUAAGAUUUGUCCGAACGAUAUAACUUUUGGUUGUGUUUUUGCAGCUUGUAGUCAUGCUGGUAAAAUCGAUGAGGGUUAUAAAUAUUUUGAUCUUAUGAGAAAUGAAUAUAAGAUUGAACCGAACAUUAGGCAUUACGGGUGUAUGGUAGACAUGCUAGGACGCGCUGGACUUUUAAAGGAAGCGGUUAAGGUCAUCGAUUCCAUGAAAAUUGAACCUAAUGCAAUUGUUUGGAGGACUCUGCUUGGAGCUUGUAAGGUUCAUGGAGAUGUAGAAUUGGCAAAAGUGGCUAAUGAGAAGCUUCUUAGAAUGAGAAAGGACCAGAGUGGCGACUAUGUAUUGAUGUCAAACUUAUACGCUUCGCGUGGUGAGUGGGACGGGGUUGCAAAGGUAAGGAAGUUAAUGGAUGAGAGUGGUGUGACAAAAAGUCGCGGCUCUAGCUUUGUUGAAGCAUGAACAUUGGUUGAUGUUGCAACCGUGUUUUUAAAUUAUGGAUGUAGUGGUAAUUAUAAUCUCACGAUUUUGCAGAAAAUAACAGUAAUGCAAACAUUGAAUAUCAAACACAUAGAACAAGAGCUGACAGAAGGAUUAGGAUUAUGAAGAGAGGAAUUGCAAUGAAGGAUCCAAUCAUUGAACCAGAAAUUCUGUCACAGAAAGAGUUGUAUUGCUGACAGAAAGCAAACCAAUUUGCUUUGGCAUUUCCUUUGUGUGCUAAAUAAACAAUAGAUGCUGCUGCUGAAGAUCCAGCUGUCAAUGAAGCUAGCAUUAUCUGCAUAUACAGAGCAUAAAGUCAAUUAAUCAUGAGCACAACUUUAACUAUGUCAUUUUGUUUUUUUUACUCAUUUGUCUAUCUAUUAAGCUUUCUAAAGCACGGACAUCUUUGAACAAAAGUGUAUCUGGUGUUUAACACAUGUCUGUGUGCGACAUCGACAACGACGUUCAAUUUAUUUAUUUUUUUAAAAUUAUUAUUGAUGUGAACGUAUCAGUGUCGAGUCUAGUGACAUGUCCGUACCGUGUCCAAAAUAAUCAAUAUGACCCUAGUCAUUCUUGCACUGCUCCUUAUGAUAUGCAAGAUGGACAAAGGUAGAGAAAGCAUCAAGUAGCCACUAGCAAUAGCACUAGCAGCUACAAAAAACCUGUUUAAUUUCAAUGACAACAAAAAUGAGAUUAGGUUAGCAUAUUAAUUUCAAUGAAGCAUUUUUAGAAUCCAUAAUAAUAUUUUAUUGAAACUAAUAUUACUUUGUUCGCAAAUCUUAACUCGAAUAACAAAAAUCGAUAUUAUUAGGUUAGACGUCAUCACCAGAGUUCGAGUUCAAAUCCUGAUUGGUACUCACGUUUAUAUGUGUGGGUUUCUAAUAAUUAUUAACAUUUUGUCAGCAUAACCAAAAACAAACAAAUAAACAUACCUCAGGGUUGGAAGAUCAUCAUACUUGGCCCUAAACCUAAUGAACUGAGUGAAAAAGGGAAGUGAC